CUGGAGCAUCACAGAGGUCUGACAGGCAUAGUAAAUCACCAUGGGGAUGAACAGUGUGCUUGUGGUGCAAGUCCUUCUGGCGCUCUGCUCCGGCAGCUUGGCCGAGAAAAUGAUGCGGCCCAAGUUCAAGGAGAUCAAGGUGUGGAGCGAGGAGAAAAUGGUCAGCCAUAAGAUCCUCUACGACAACUCGGAUCCGCACCUGAACUUCUCCAUGGAGGUGCACCAACCGCUGCACGACGUGGACAUUCACUUCGAGGUGCGCAUAACUAACAAAGUGGACCCGUACUACACAACCACCUUCAACACCACCCUGAAUGUCUGCCGCAUCCUGAACUAUGCCAACCAGUCGCCAGUGGGUCGCUUCGUGCACGGCUUUAUGCGCGAAUACGGCAAUAUCAUUGACACCUGUCCGAUACCGAAGGGCUCGUACUACAUCAACAAGUUCUGGUGGCCAGAGGACCCAACUUCGUCCAUUCUGCCCGAACUGGAAGUCGACAUCCACUUUGAGGCCCACCUCCUGGAUGCCAGCAAGAAGCGAUCGCUCCUCAUGAACGACCAUAUUUCCGGCGAGUUUGUUGUCCAGGAUGUCAACAAUCUGAAGCCUGGCAUAUUCGCCAUGUUGCCCAAGACGACCUAGGCACCUUCCCCACAGCUGAAGUCUAUUCAAUUUCCGUAUCUAUCCAGCACUUUCGAUGUUUCAAUGGUAUUCUUCAACUUAUCUAUCCGUUUUUUUCUUCUUCCUAAAUGUAGUAACGAGCAAUAUAUUUGCCGACUAGCGCAA